AUGAGCAGACUCUACCAACAACCAGGCGAUAUUACACAAUCUUCUGGCUCCUUUCUUGCUUCAGCACCUGUGGAGCUUCUAACCGUGAAAGGUUACGAUGAGUUUAUAGCUAAACAAAAGAAGCUAAAAGUGGACGUUGCCACUGUUGUGAGCGAGGACAAAAGCUGUGCGUACGUGAUGAGUGGCAGUGACGUUGUUGCCACCGUUGGGGAAGAAGCUUUGGAACAUCUGCUUUCGCUGAUGAGUGGUUAA